AUGCCAGGCAUGAACGUCAUGGUCCCGCUCGGCGGCAUCGGCAGCCGCUUCCAGAAGGAGGGCUACAAGUACCCCAAGCCCUUUGUUAGAGUGCUCGGCAAGGAGAUGAUCCUGUGGGUCGUCGACUCGCUGAAGCUAAGGAAGGAGGACUCGCUGGUGGUCGUAUACAAUCCGGCGUUCCUCGACAUGAGGGAAUUGAUGGAGAUGGUCGUGCAGCACGUGCCGGGCACGAUCCUCGUCGAGCUCCCGGGUCCGACGCGCGGCGCGGCCGAGACGGUGCGGAUCGGGCUCGAGGGCUUAAGUGCGUCACAGCGAUCGCGGCCGACGAUGCUCGUCGACGGCGACGCGUUCUACACUGUUGAUAUUGUCAGCAUGUACCGGGCCAUCUCCACCAAAGCUGGAGGCUCCUUCUGCUUCCGGGACACGCAGCCCAAGCCCAUUUACUCCUACGUCACGUGCGUACGCGGCGUCCGAACCAUCGCUUCGAUUGAUGCGUCGCGGCGAUGGCGUGCUGGUGGGGUGGACGUACGCCCGCCACGACGCCAUCGCCGCGACCGCGUGACGAGGAGCAAGCCUUCGCCGCGACCGCGUAUCACACACAGGGUGGGCGCCGACGGCAAGCAGAUCACGUCCAUCAAAGAAAAGGUCAAGAUCAGCGACUGGGCGAACACGGGCUGCUACUGUUUUAGGGACGGGCAGCAGUUACUCAAGUACUGCGCCCAGAUCAUCGAGCGGGGCGAGACGCAACUUUCUCAGGACAUGAAGGGCGAGUUCUACACGUCGGGCGUCAUCAAGGCCAUGCUCGAUGAUGGGGAGCGCUUCGAAGCUUUGGUGUUGGACAAGGAGGCCAUGCACGUCUUGGGCACGCCGGCGCAGCUCAAGGACUUCUGCCGCACAUGGCCGAAGCCCACGGCGUAUCGAGUUUGCUUCGACCUGGACAAUACGCUCUUCGGGCCGCCCGAGGUGUCGGGCGACUAUUCUACUUGUAGACCGAUCCCGAGAGCCGUCCGCAUGUGCCGCCACCUGAAAACAAUGGGCCACCAUAUCAUAUUACACACGGCGCGGCGCAUGCGCACGCACGGCGCGAACGUGGGCGCGGUCGUGGCCGACGUCGGCGCCGUGACGAUCCAAUCGCUGCAGGAUGCGGGGAUUGAGUACGACGAGCUCCACUUCGGCAAGCCCUGGGCCCAGUUCUACAUCGACGACUGCGGCGUGAACGCGUACGCGGACCUCGAGAAGGAGCUGGGCUACUACCCGCCGACGGCGGCCGCCGUGGCCUCGAAGUACGUGCCGUCGCCCGUCGCCUCGACGCCGCCGUCCGUGGUCGGGCGGGCGCGGCACUCGUCCACGACGGUCGCCCUCGCGGCGGCGUUGGGGGUGGCGGUCGGGGUGCUGGCGGCGCGGAAGUAAUCAUCUCAUGUCGUGGG